AGACUAUUCUCAUCUCCCCCUUUUGCCCUACACACACUGCUCCCCUUUCCUCCUUCGCCGCAGUCUCCACUGGUUUUCCUCUCCUCCUCUUCGGCACUCUCCCCUGGCUCCCAUGCCUUUCCUCUCCUCGCCUCUCUCACUCGAUCUCUCCGAGGGGUGUUUCAUCAACUCAACGGUUGAUUUCAUCGACCACAUGCUGUAACGCCAGCUAGGUGUUCCUCGUGAUCAAGGUUAUUCGUACAAACAUGGACUUGGUGUAUGAGAGGGGAUUUCCUGUAGGAAAGGAACCCUCUGGCAUACUUCCUGAUGUAUAUGAUCUUGACUGGAACCCCAAUGCCUCUAGCUAUGAAGCCUUGGGAGUUCUGGUUUGUGCAAGUUUUGAAGGAACAGUGGUCAUCCGAAUCAAUAAGCUUGACAAAAAGCACAGUGGAACACUGCUGUGCAACAGAAAGUCACCACCGGGACGGAGGACCCUGAGUUGUAAAUGGUCUAUUCAUGAUCCAAGGAUCUUGGCUACAGGAGGUAGCCAGCGGCACAAGAACACCGAAAGAUGACGUACAGGUGGAAUCAUUCGGUUGCUAAUGUACAAUGGCACACGUUUCGAGGUGAUGCAGAGCUUCAAGGUGCAGGAUGGGGAAGAUGUUUCUCAGCUGAGCUGGGACCGAGAGGGAAAAUUCGUGUUAGCCACAGUUAACAAAGACGGAGGUCAGGCCAAGCUCUACAUUAUAAACCACGCUUCAAGGCGUAGAAGUUCAAUUGCGCAGAUAAUUGACCAUCCACAAGCAGAGUCAUCCACCCCAUUGGUCUUUACAGCCAAAUUCCAUCCAGUGGAUCCACUUUUUAUAUCUGUGGCAGGAGAUACUGUUUGGAUAUGGCGUAAAGGCACCAUCCAAUCUAAAUGGCAAGACACUCAUGUCUUGAAAAUCAAUGCGUACAUUGGCAGAAAUUAUUACAUGCAGCGUCCUCUCAUAUGCUUUGACGGGUCUGGGGAAAUGUUGGCGGUCUGUGAGGGUGAUGAUUCUGUCAGUGUCUGGAGCUUUGUCCCAGAGGAGAUGAUACGACGCCCUGAGAUGAAAUUACUCACCCGAUGCAAUGAUCUUGAAAGAAUUGUUUCACUUGACUGGAUGAAGAACACAAUUGUUGUAGCAAAUCAAAUUUCUACGUGUGUCUACACUGUGAACAAAAAUUUGCUGAUUAACGGAACUGGAAAUUUAAAAUUGAAAUGCAAAAGAUCAAAUCAUACUCACUUUUAUGAGCAGCUUUGCAUGAAGAUUGACCCACGUCGUACCGACUAUAUCGCAACUGGGGGAAAGGAUGGCUAUGCUACAGUAUGGAAAUGUGUCGAUAAGAAAGAUACUGUUCCCAUGAGAAGAAGGAACUAUCUGGCAGAGGCGGCGUACUACCAGACAGAAGUCAGCCCUCCACCCAGUGAUAGCGAAGAUCAGACGGGUGAUGAUGAUAAUGAUGUCCGGACACUCAUCAGAUGUGAGACCUCUGAUGAGGAUGAGACAGAUAAAGAAAAUGUCAAGGAGCACAAGGAACCCUCAAAAGGUGAAGCAGUGGCCGGCGCUACCCAGGAAGAAUACGCAUCGGUGGGAGCACUUCCACUUGAUAUGUUGAAAAUUCCUAUUGGAAAAAGGAUGUUCUGCAACAAGCAGUUUAGCAUGAAACCAAUUGCUGCAGUAGGGUUCUAUAUGGAGCACACCCUGGCACGUUACAAGUUUGAACAGUUUGGUGAUCUCAUUUAUCGCAAUGCAAUCGAUAAGCUUGUGAACAAAUUUGACCAUCCAAAGGAGAUCUUACAGUGGAGGUUUGAUUCAAAAUAUAUGAUCAGAGGACUUGUUCUUGAUAAGAACAAAGGAAACAUUUUGAAGAUUGAUAAAUACAAUUCUGUGGAGGUCGCAUUUCAUGGAUUAAAUGCUAUUUCUAAGGAAGAAAUUGCUAAUGUUUAUGGGAAUAAGAUGUUCAUUCAAGAUUCCUUCACCGAGCCUGAUUAUGCCAUCGUAGAUAAUGUAUUUUCAAAUGUGGAAGCGUACCUGUUUUCUCAGCUAGUAACCUUCAAGGACAAGAAUGGAGAAGCUAAGUACGAGGUUCUGCAUAGAAACGUGAGGCAUGCCAUUGACAUGUGUUGUCGUGAGGGAUGCUUAGAGCAAGAAAUUCAAAAGGAUCCGAGCCGGUACAUCCAUAUGGAUCCGGCAAUCAUAGCAAUGCUUAGAAUGAUAAGAGAAUCCGGCCGGCGCACAUUCUUGGUAACAACUAGCUUGUGGGAGUACACCAAUGUCAUUAUGAACUAUAUAUGCACUCUAUCUGUCAGAGACAGUGACAUCCACACUUGGCUUGAGUACUUUGAUGUUGUGAUUACAAGAUGCCUGAAACCAUGUUUUUUCAAUGACGACCAAGCGGCGCUCCUUGCAGUGGAGGUUGAAUCUGGAAAACUUAUAAAUGUAGACAUUGAGGCUAGCGAGAUGAGGAGAUCAAGUCAGCCUCUUGAACAAAGACAGAAAGUUUACCAGGGAGGUAACGCUUUUCACAUACAAAGGUUACUUGCUGUUGAGUCUAGUUCCCAGAUCUUCUACGUUAGUCAGCAAUUGUAUGAAGAUGUACUUCCCAGCAAGAAGGACCAAGGUUGGCGGACUAUGCUGGUAAUACCUGAGCUUGAGCAAGAAACCGAAGUUUUUGCAGAAUCAAGUUCUAUGAGAGAGGAACUUGGACGAUUGAGGAUGAAGCGCAGUUCAAUUACAAAUGAAAUCCAUCACUGUAGCCGGUCUCUCCGAUAUCAAGCACUUGUAGAGAAGAACAAAGAGAGUGAGGCUUAUGUUCAUUCUAAAAAAAUGUUCGAAGACAAGCAUCAAAAUCUAGUGGUUCAGCUGGAUGAACUGAACCUGAUGGAACAAGUGAUUCGCAGAAACUACCAUGAAAAGUUUAACUUGCACUGGGGUCAGAUUAUGAAGGCAGGGUUUAAAGAUUCUAGGUUUGCUAACCAGGUGAUGACAAUUCCGUGUCUCUACACCAGUUCUAUUACGAACUUGACUCAUUAUGAUUGGGAGGUGGAGAUUAGCCCGCAGGAAGAUGACACAGCUUAUGAGUUGUCCGACCUUGACUUGACGUAGCGAACACGAGUAGCCUAUUAUUGUCCCUGAUUGUCAAAUUAGUAGAGUAUUAGCGAGACUGUGUGUACUGAUGGUUUGGUAAGUACAAGCAACCUAUGUGUGAUGUCUA